UGGGUUUGGGUGAAUGUUGCUUGGGGUGAUGGUGACUUCCAGAGUCCUUUGGCACUCUGGCUCACAGCCAAGCAGUGCGGGCCCUCUUUGGGCACGGGGUUUGGUGCAGUUAAAUCUACCUAAAACCAUCUCUGCUCUCAGUCUGCCGUGUUUUGUACAGAAAAACAAUGCUGAAGAAAGGAGGAUAAAGCUAGAACCGGCAGAGGCAGAUAUGGCCAAGAUUCAGAAGUACAAGAAUGAGAACGACAAAAAGGAGAAAAAUUAGGGGAAACAUGGUAAAAACAGAGUUAGAAAAAGGGCAUAGAAGGGAAGAUUAUUUACAGAUCCUUAAUUGAUUUUCCCACUGCCUCCAGCAAACCAAGAGCAAGAUGCACCAUGCCAGUGCAGCAAUGUACUGUGGGUCCUGAUGUGGCAGCACCCCACCUGCUUGUCUCUGUAGGAGAGGCAUUUUAAGCUUUCUAAGAAAAAGCAAGAAAGAAAUGGAAGUGUGAACUUGAGGGAGAAAGGGAGGUCAAGAACUUGAGGGGAAAGACCCUCAUUAUGGUUUCUCUUCAGAUCCAUUUUCUAUUUCUUCAGGGCCAACUGUAUUUUUCAACAAAUAAAACAGAAUUGGAUUUUUAAAUUCUGCUGGUUGUUGCAGAUUCCCAGCCUGUGCUGGCAUUGCUGGGUUUCUGCUUUCCAACAUGAAGUAUAUCUCUCUCUAAAAAGGCCCUGUUUUUUUCUAGGUGCAUUUAUUAGCUUGUUUGAUUUUGAAGUUCUCAGAGACAGUUCUGUGGGGCAACAGGGAUCUGUUUGAUACAAGGUCUUCAAAAUGAAAAAGGAAAGAGGAAUGUAAGAAAUAAGAAAUCCAAGACCUGAAAUGGGUGCUGCCCAGUUUUCAGAAUUUUCCUUAAUGUCUGGAUGAUUUGUCUAAGAAUUGACAAGUUCUAAUUGAAGUUUUUUCCCUGCUUGGGAUAUUUAUAAAUGAUACCCCCAUGUGUCCUUUUUGGAUCUAUUAAGCUGUGAAUGCAUAUUGUAGAUGUGGCCUUUCAGCUAGGGCGUGUAAGGUCUCUACUCAUCACUGCUUUUCUUGAAUUUUUUUGGCAUUCAAUUGUCUUGGAAACAUCUCUGGCUCUGUAAAAUGUGGUUCACAUCAGUUGUUGGGAUCAAACACUGAUGCACAAACAGAUCCAUAUGACAGGGUUGUUUUUUAUAUUUGUUUUCAUACACAGCAAAGCUAAAAUUAAAGGGACAGAUGGUGGGGUGUCUGUCUUGUUUCCUGUGUCUCCCAUAUUCUGCUGAAUGGAGGUUUAGCAUAUCUCAAAGAAGUAUUUCCUUUUGGGAAGGGUGAGACAAUUAGAUAUGAACAAAAACCCUGAGGGGAGCUACUGGGUCAUCAUCCCUGGUUGCCAUGAAAGAAUGGGAAGGCAAUGAAUGAUGUGAGAUGUGGAAAGGUCUGGUGUCAGUGGUAGGUGCUACAGGUCAUCUCACAGAGUCUGCACACUCUCAGGGGUUUGAAUUGCACAGGAGCAGGUGACUCCAGCUGGUUCCCAGGUGAUGCAAGAGGUGCAAAUGCAGGCAGAUCCCUUGUCAGCCGCUGAAAAGUUGUGUGCGUGCGUGUGAAAUUUCUAGGCUUAAUCUGCAUUACAGUGUGUGUGUGCAUGCGUGUAAGCUUUUUGCAGAGCUCUAGAGCAUGUGUGUCAUGUGGGGUGAGGCCAGAAAAGCAGAUGUCCUGACCAUGCCCCUCCUACUCGGGGAUUAGAGAUGCUCAGGGGACAGCGGAGAGAAGCUGGGACACACUUCCCUGACUCACUGCCAGAGACAGCAGCAGCUCCUGCAGGUUCAAUAGGCCUCUGCUCUUUGGUCAAAUAAAACCCUACAGCUCCAUUUCCAGCAACCAUCCCCUUCUUUUGGUUAACCAGAGAGGAGGAGGAUGGCCUAUGCUGAGGAAGACAGAAAUAGCUACGAGCUGUGUAAGGAAGCAGCAGAGUGGCUGCGUGCCCGUGCUGCCCGGCGGCCCAGGAUCGCCAUCGUCUGCGGCUCCGGGCUGGGAGGGCUGGCUGACGUGUUGGACAGCAGGACAGUCUUCCUGUACGAGGACAUCCCUCACUUCCCACGGAGCUCAGUGUCAGGGCAUGUUGGCAGAUUGGUGUUUGGGGAGCUGAAGGGACAGCCCUGCGUGUGCAUGCAGGGGCGUUUCCACUCCUACGAAGGCUACUCUCUCAGCACGGUCACCUUUCCCAUCAGGGUGUUCUUUCUCCUGGGGGUGGAGAUCUUGAUUGUCACUAAUGCUGCUGGAGGAUUGAAUCCCCACUUCCAAGUGGGGGACAUCAUGUUCAUAAGGGAUCACAUCAGCUUGUUUGGCUUGGGAGGGCAGAAUCCCCUGCGCGGACCAAAUGAUGAGCGGUUUGGAGUGAGGUUUCCCUGCAUGUCAGAUGCUUAUGACCAAGAUCUGCUCAGCCUGGCCAUGGAGAGUGCACAGGAGCUGGGGUUCCUGAGCUUCACCAGGGAAGGAGUGUACUGCCUGCAGGCUGGGCCCAGCUACGAGACCAUCGCCGAGUGCCGCCUGCUGCAGGCACUGGGAGCUGAUGCUGUGGGCAUGAGCACUGUCCCAGAGGUAAUUGUAGCCAGGCAUUGUGGCCUCCGAGUCCUUGGGAUCUCCCUCAUCACCAACAAAGCGGUGAUGAGCUACGACAGCCAAGAGAAAGCCAACCACGAGGAAGUGCUGCGCAUCUCGGUGGUCCGGGCUGAAGCCCUGCAGAAACUGGUCUCACACCUCCUUGGGAAGCUGGGGGAAAGCACAAACUCUCUAUGACCUCCAGCCAUUAAUCCUUCAUAUCAUAACGUGUGUGAACACUACCAAGUGUUGGGGGCGAGCUGUUGGUGGGACUGUCCCUUUCUCUCCAGAUUUUAAAUGGACCUUUUGAUCUUUGUGCUUUAUCUGAUCAGGUGCAGAGGUUCACUUUGAAUUUUGCCAGGAUGAUCCCCUCGUUAAUAGCCAGUGACCAAAACAGCUUACUGGCACUUCAACACAUUCCCAAACCCCCGUGUCAGCAGAGCCCCAGAGACUGUGACCUCCAGCUGUCUCUCUUGGGACACCCUCCUGCCCCAAGUCUCUGCUCCCCAUUGCACAUGAGCCAGGUCGGGAGCUGGUCGUGGGGCUUGGUGCCUGCUGGGACUGCUUUGGUAGGGCCUGGUCUGAAGCCAGUGGAAGCCCACAAAAAGACUGUGCUUUGGAUACAUGAAAUGGGCCAGGCUAAAGAUGAGAUCUGCCUGGAACAAGCAAUGGUGCAGAGCAGGUGAAUUGCAAUUGAUUUUACAGCUUGGAAAACCACUGCAUUGCCAUGGGGUUGUGUGACUUCCCCUCCCAGAAGGUCUCCCAGAAAGCCUACUCUUUCCUCAUCCUUGGCUCCUCAUGACGAGUUGCAGAGCUCAGUAGCUGUUUGCUACAAUGCAGCAUAUCCCCAGCACUCCUCACACCUCCCAAUUCUGUUUCAUUGCCCAAUUUAGCAAGACAUGAAAACUCAGCUCAGUACAAGGCAUGGCUUACCUGUGCACCGUGUAAACAUUGCCAAGCUGGAAACAGAAUCCAGGUCUGUCUCUCCCUGGUUUUGAUCAGUUUCUGGAUGUCUUGGAGAUCAGUGGCUUCAGAACUGCAGACUGGUUUCCUCUUGGUGCCCAAAGACAGAGAGAUCUGUUUGAUCCCAAGUUUCACAUGAGCUUUGCUGCUGUCCCUGCAGCAGAUUUUAGAGAACCAAUGGUUUGUGGAUUUUAGCAAUGUGAAAUUACAGGGGAAAUAUUUUGAAACAGGUAUGAUAUUUUUCUUGGACUUUCUUGGUCCUCUUACAUAAAGCAAAUGAACCAAACAGUGAGUAAGGGACAAACAGGAGAGGUUCUCCCUUACCGUGUGCUGAUGGUCUGUCAAGAAAGGGGGAACAUUCACCAGAAUGGUGCAUUAUUCAUUGUUCCUCAAAGGUCAAGCUGAGCUGUGGAUGCAGCUGGAUGUGAAACAGUGACAGUAAUUAUUAGAUAAGCUUUUUUCCCUUCAUUUAUCUUGUAGUUCUCUAUAAAGCUCAUCACUGUCAUAGCUAAAUGUUUUUAGUUGACUCAGUGGUCUGAACUGAAGACACCCAACCAGUCAUGGAGAGCUCCCAACCUGCCUUCCUAAAUUUAGCUGACCAGUUGUUUACCAUUGACACUUGCCCUCUGUCACAGCCUUCAGCCUUUUGUGACAUUUCUUCCAUUUUUUUCCAGAUCUGUAUUUGCUUGAAGCCUUUCCUACUGCAAUGACUAGUGUCAGCUGCAGUAUUCAUGGUGCAGAAUUCAUGGUGCAGAUGUUGCCACCAGCAGGAACAGUUGUGCUGUGAAUGUUUUCCAUGAAAUGGUACCACUUCAGGUGUAGGGGAGAUCUUGGGGUGCCUCCCUUGUCUCCUCCUGGGCAAUGUUACCUGUGGUCAGCCCUGAGAAAUAUCUGUCCAGCCUGGUCUGGAGGAUCUGUGGAAGGGAAGGAUUCAUUGCUUGUGCUUUCCUGGCAGAGUCACUUGUUCAGCAGCUCCUGGCACUUGGAGGAGCCCUCGGAGACAGCAGCUCUUCCCAUUUUGUGGGUCUGACUGUCAGGACAGUCUCUGGGACCAGUUCUGGUGGUGAUCUGCAGAGGGAGAGAGGCUCCAGCUCCAUCUCUGACAAUGCUGUUCCUUUUCCAGAUCAAGCAGGAGUGAAGUGCUUGUCAAGGGGGGCAGCACAAGCAGGGAAAUAUGAAAAGUGGCAGAUGUGCAGAGCAAGAAGGAGCCACUUCUACCUGCUCCCUUUUCAGACUUGUCCCAGUAUGAGCUUGUUACAGGGCAGGGAGAGAGCAGAUAAUUUCCCCUGCCUAGAAAAUGGUGCUUCACAUUCAUCUAAUUAAUACUUGGUAAAUACAAAGUCUCUCAAGUGGGAGUGGAAGGCAGCUGUGCAGUUCGCUGUAGCUAGCAGCAGCCGGAGUAGCUAAGGCUGGGAUUUCAGCAAACUCCAUUAAUUAAUCAGAGUCAGGCUGGGCUGGGAUGUGAAGGGAAGCAUCCAAAAAAUCCUGCUGUUGUGCUGGUACUUCUCAGGCAGGGUUUGAGAUGAUGAGGAGCUUGGCAGCAGCACCUGCUUUCAGCAGGCCAGGUCUGCUCCUCUCUCCAGCUGCACCGGAGGCAGAUACCAUGCUCUUGUGUCUGAAUACAGCUGAAAUGCAACUUAAAAUUGAGCCUGAAAAUCACAGUACAGCUAAAUCUUCAGCAAAUUAUGUCUGUAAAAAAAAAAUCAAAAUUGCAUCUGAGCCUUUAAAUAGUUUGGGGCUCUUCUUUCAGCUGGCCAGAGUUGGCUUGGAUGGCCCAAACUUUGCAGGAACAUCCCGAUUUUUGUACCUGUCAAUGGUAAGGGGAAGAUGCCCUGGGCACUUUGGAAAGGAUCUUAUUCAUUUGCAGGUGAGAGGGGAAAUACAAAACACAGUGAGUUCAUCUGGCUUUGGAGAUACUUUUAAUACAGUUUUGGGUUCUUUUACUGCUGAUGAAUUCCAAAAGUCUGAAAUACGGUGAUACAAGAUGGGCAAGAUGUGUGGGGAAGGAACUGUGAGGAAAUAAAACCUACUGUGAUCCUGAAAACUC